ACUAUAAAUCUCAAGUUCCAUCUAAUUGUGGUGAUAUAGAAAAUGGUAACGCUUGCCGACGAUUUAGAUUCUUUGUCUUUGCAAGAGCCAAUUUUCAAGGAUGUCAAGUAUUACCUCUCAGGCGAUGUGUCCGACAGGAUCAUGUUGCUCCUGCAAUCCGGCGGAGCCGAAAAUACAAAAUAUUUCUCAGACUAUGUUACUCAUUUAAUUUGUGGGCAAAAUGCGGCGGACACGGACCUCGAUGACGCUCAAGACAUUUACCAGAUCCCUGCUGUGACCGAGCACUGGGUGUUAGCUUGCGUCAGGUUGCGAAAACUAGCCAAUCCCAAGCCCUACAGUCCUAACAGGAAUAAGAUAUUUUCUAAUGUGACUGCUUGUGUGGCCCAAGUGAGUCCUGCGGAUUUGAAAACGUUGUUUGCUGUAAUCACUUACCAUGGCGGAAAAGUGAAACUAAAUUUAGACCCCCAGUGUACACAUUUGAUCUGUGGUGCAGCAUCAGGCAGAAAAUACAGUGCGGCACUCAGUUUAUCUAACAAUCGGAUCAAGAUUGUGACACCAGAUUGGGUUCUAGAAAGUUUGAGGGCCAGAAUACAGGCAGUCACUGAUAUCUUCCAUCCCAAGUUGCUGAUAGUGCCACAGCCUCCGCCCAAGUCAAUGGAUCGCAUAAGUGCCAUUACUGGCUUUGACUUUGAGGAGGGUAUAGCAAAGAAUGAAGUGCCCACCCAAAACAUGGCUGAAAUUAAAGAUGAGAGUACUCAAGCACUACUGGAUAAACUUGACAAACUUAAGCAGAGAAUGCCCUGGAACCAUCCACCAUCUUCAGUCAACACAUCUACUGUACCAACAUCAGCUGUGAGCUCCAUGGGUUAUACAAAUACCUUGCAACAAGGGAACAUCAUGAGCAAGUCUAUCCCACAAGGUAUUGUCACACAAAAUCUACAGAUUCAGGGCAGUCAAACUAAUACACAACUUAUGCAGAAAUUCAUAGCAUCUCAAGCUAAUAUAGGCCUGCAGCAGCAAAUAUAUGGCCAGCAACAACAACAACAACAACAGCAACAACAACAACAACAGCAGCAGUCACAGCCCCAGCAACAGCAACAACAGCAGCCUCAUGGUCUCACCGCCAUACAGAUACAACAGCAGAAGUUGCUGCAACAGCGCCAACUAGCUGCACAAAUGCAAAUGUUGCAACAGAAGACUAACCAACAAAAUCAGCAAGGAUUUUCUCAGUCCAAUGUCUUAGUGUCACAAAUGAAUCAGAAUAUCUCUGGUCAGAUGCAGCAGCACAUCCAAGGCGGCCAGCAUCAUAUCCAGCAGAACCAGAACAUAACACAAUCCAACAGUAACAUGACAUCAGCUCAGCAACAAAUUGAAAAUAUCAGCCAAAUGUUGAGCCAGAGUGCUAAUAAUCUACAGCAGCAACAACUAAAUCAGCAGAACAUGGCUAUGAAACAAAGCUUGAGCCUGAGCCAGCAAACUGCUUCACAAGCCGUGCAGAAUAUUGCUCAGCAGUUAGCUCAGUCAACUCAAAAUCUGCAGCAAAAGCUUAGCCAGAACAUGAAUCAAAGUCAAGUGAUUAACCAGCAACUCAUGGGUGCAGGCCAACAAAUGUCUUCACAGAAUCAAAACCUUAUCCAACAGCAAACUGUCCAGUCUUUAACUAAUCAGCAGCAAAACUUGAACAUGGGAGUGGUCAACCAACAGGGCAUGGUUUCAUCAUCCCAAGGCCAAGGCAACCAAGUUCAGCUGAACCAGCUUGUCGGGAACAGCGGUCAACAAACAGUAUUAGGACAGCAAAUACAGUCUGUCCAACAAACUAUUCAAAAUCAGCAAAGUGGCAAUGUACAGAGUGCUUGGAGACAACAGAAUAUACAAAUGGUGCAAAACGUCCAAGGCCAACAUCAGAUAAUAAGGAGUCCACUGGUCCAGCGGAAUCCUCAAAAUCCAGUUAUUUUACAGCAACAGAUUAUGCAGACGCAACAGCAAGCUCUGAUAAAUAACCAGCAACAGGCCCAGUCCAGCCCUCAGCAUACAAUUCAGCAAAGUAACCAGCAAAUUUUGCAACAAACUAUAGGCUCACAAGGUCAGAGUAUUGGGCAAACACAUCAUCAAAUAUUGGUUCAAAAGCAGCAGUUACUGAAUGGUUCAAACCAGCAACAAAUAGUGCAGGGCCCACAGCAGGUGUUGAUCAAUCAGCAUACUGGUCAGCAGCAAAUAUUGGUGCAUGGAAACCAGCAGGUGACCUUGCAGAGUGGGCAACAGAUAGUGUCACAAAGUCAAAUAGUCCACCAAGGUGGACAAAUAGUGAAUCAAGGUGGACAGCAGAUCAUAACACAAGGCACACAGCAGGUGCUCUCACAGGGCGGCCAACAUGUUAUAACACAGCAAGGACAGCAGCAUCAAGUUGUUAUCGCUCAGUCAUCUCAACAGAUUGUGACCCAAUCUGGGCAGCAGAUUAUUGGUCAGGCUGUCGGUCAGAACCAACAAGUAUUAUCACAAGUUCCGCAAUCACCACAGGGCAGUACCCAGUUGACGAGUGGUGGUGGCAUCCAGCAGAUCAUAACCCACAGUGGUGGUCAGCAGAUUGUGUCACCGGGCGGACAGCAGAUAGUUCAAGGUGGACAGAAUGUGACGUGGCAGCAGCAGCAACAGUAUUUGCAACAGCGACAGCAGCUUGGUCAGCCUGCUACAGUUGUUGGACCAAGGGUAUCAUGGACGGCAGGCGGCGGCGGCCGGCAGCUCAUCCACCUGGACGCGCAAACUCACGCGCAACUCCAACAGAUGGACCCCACGCAGCGCGCCAUGUUCGUGGCGCAGCUGCAGAAACGGCGCCAGCAGCUGUCCAUGCAGCGCGCAGCACUGCAGCACCAGCAGCAGCCGGGUGGAGUAGUGACCGGGUCGCCUUCAGCUGGCGGCGCUCCGCAAAGCAUCACUUUCAUCCGGGGACAGCUUCCGCCGGGGCAACAACAGGUGCAAUGGCUACAGCAGCAGGGCGCGCGCGCGACGGCGAUGCCGGCCGCCUCGCCCGCGCAGCCUCCACAGUCCCCUGUGGGCGCCGGAGGCGUGGCCAGUCCUGCAGGUGGUGUGGAACUGCAGCAGCUGCAGAUACAGCGCGCGCAGUACCAGCGCUUGCAGCAGCUGCAGGCGCAGCGGGAGCACCACCACCACCUGCCGCACAAGCAGGUUGGCGGCGUUUCGCCGCACGUGACGGGCCUGGGCGAGCACGCGGACGCCGCGCUGUUGAGCCCGGCCAGCACCGACCCGCAGGGAGCAAACAACGCGUUGCUGGUGAACCCGAAGACCAAGACCGCUCUAGCCAACAUGCUGUCCAUCCGGCUGCAAGGCGCCGCGCCGCCGCCCGACCACGAGCCUUCCGCCGCCGGCACGCUCAGGUUGAUGACGGCGGCGCACGCGGCGGGCGGCCCGGCGCGCGCGCCCGCGCGGCUGCUGCUGGGGCCCGCGCACCACCCCAUACAGGGCACGGGAGCAGUGGGCGCCGUGGGCGGCGCGGGUGCCGGCGUGGUGGUGGGCGCCAACAAGGUGUACGCUGGCGCCCCGCGCGCCGCUCCUCCUCGUGCGCAGUUCUACGGACACAACCCUAACCUCAAGCUACCGCCUGAUCUGUUCCUACUUGGCUGCGUCUUUCAUAUCGUGGAGUAUCAACAGUCAUGGGGCGCCGAGCGCGUAGCUCGCUGGGUGGAGUGCAUACAACGGCGCGGCGGCGAAGUGGAGGCCGGUUACUGCGCGCGCGUCACGCACGUGCUGUGCGAGACGCAGCGCCACGGAGUCGUCAUGCAGGCUCUCCGAGACGCGAAGCGCUGCGUUACCGCCUACUGGUUAUCCGACGCCAUGCUGCGCCGCGGCGUGGCGCCACCGUGGCAAGCUCUACACCUUCCCGCCAUGUAUGCUGCGAGAGACAGACCGGCGAAGCACCACAGGGCAGCUCUGUCAGGGUGGAGGGCGGAAGAGAGAGAUAGGGUGGCGUGUGCCGUGGAACAUAUAGGGGCUAAACUGACGCCGUACAUGACGCGAGACAACACAGUGCUGAUAUGCAAGCGUGCGGAGGGCACAAAAUACCGCAGGGCACGCGAGUGGGGCAUCCCUUGUGUCACGCCCGCCUGGCUCACGGACCUGCUACUCGGGAAUAUGAGCGCUCUAGCACAGAUCGAGAACACCAAAUAUCAACAAUUCAAUUUAGCCAGUCCAUUCAGAAUGGAUUACGCUUUAGUUUCGCAUUUAAUGAACGCGUGGAAGAUGCCGAUCAACAUAACGCCGGAGUCGCACGAGCGCGCCAAGCGCGCGGCCGCCUCCCUCCCGCGCCGCGCCAAGCGCCCGCGCCUCGACUCCCCGCCCCCGCCCGCCGCACCCCCCGCGCCCCCGCGCGCCGCGCAGCCGCCGCCGCUGCACCUCGCCCCGCGCGUGCUGUUCUCCGCUGUCCCACAAGCCGAGCAGAACAAAUAUGCCGCCAUCGUCAGGUUACUGGGAGGGCUGGUGGUGUCAACCGCCGCGGAGGCCACGCACCUGGUGAUGGACAAGCUGGUCCGCACCAGCAAGCUCGUCAGCUGCCUCGUCACCGUCAAGCACAUGGUCUCCACCGCCUGGGUCCUCGAGAGCCAGCGCCAGAACAAGUUCGCCGACGAGGCCCAACACCAGCUCCGCGACGACAACUUCAACAAAACGUUCAAGUGCGACAUCUCUGAAGUACUACUCUGCGGCGAACAGAGGAGAAAACUCUUCGAGGGAAUCACUUUCUUCAUGACCCCCUGCGUCAAACCUUCCAGGUCAUCCCUCACAGAAAUCAUAGAACUCUGCGGCGGAAAAGUAGAAAAAAAUAGACGAUCCUACGUCUCUAUUCAGGAAAUGCACAGCAUGCGACCUUAUAGCUACUUAGUCCUCACCGUGCCUAAUGAUUUACAUCUGGUGUAUUACCUACUGCAGUCGGAGAAGACUCUAAAUGUCGUGUGCAGCACGGAGGUGGUGCUAUCUGCUAUUAUGAGGCAGAAAUUGGAUAUAGAAGAAUUCCUUGUCAAAAUAGACUAAUUUAUAUUUAUCUUACAUUCUUUAGUCAUUUCUAUCCAAAGGUGGAAAGACUGCAAAUUUUGUUGAUAUAAUGGAUUGAAAAAAAAAAAGAUUUUGUGUAUGUUACCAUACAUUCAUGUAUUCGCAACUUUUGUAAAUGAUUUAAGUUUCUUGACUUUUGAAAGAUGUUUAGUUUAUUUUUGAAUCUCUAAUUAGUUUUGAGAGCCCCUUACAAGUUUUCCUUUUUAUCUUGUUUCAUGAGAUGCGAAUAUUUUAUUACUGUUAUGUGAUGCCAUAGUUGGUAAGAAAAGGAUUGGACUGUCCAUAUUUAGCGGUUUAUACACAACAAAUUUAUGUUGCUCUGGACCAUUUUGUACAUAGUAAAGAUUGAUUAUAUAAAGAUUUU